AUGGAGGCAGAGGAGGGUGACCGCAUUAGCCUUCUCCCUGACUGCCUGCUGGGCAACAUCGUCUCCCUCCUCCCUGUCAAGAACGCAGCCUGCACCAUGGUUCUCUCCCGCCGCUGGCGACGCAUCUGGCCGUCGGUGCCGCUCGACCUAGACCUUGACGGCAGCAAUAGGAAUCUUGGCUCUGACGGCCAGUCAAUCUUGCGCAUCCUUUCCUCCCACAGCGAUGGGCCUAUCCACCGCUUCCACGCCACCAUCUCCGCGCACAAGGCCACCUCCAGCUGGCUGCAAAUCCUAUCCAACCAGCGCAUCAACGACAGCCUCGUGCUCAAGUUCGUGCCGCAUGCCGCGCACCCGCCGCUCCCUCGCGACCUCCUAAGGUUCAGUGCUAAUGUUCUCCGACAUUUGGAAUUGCAUUGCUGUUGCCUUGACCCUCAACUUGGAGUAACCCUGCCUUUGCAUAGCCUGCAUUAUCUACACUUGUCCAAUGUGGUGAUUCCCGAGACAUCGUUGCACUCUAUGAUCGCCGGCUGUCUAGCCCUGCGGAAGCUACAGCUCUUCAGAGUCCAUAACCUUCGCCGCCUCGUCCCUUGCUCACGUAAUCUCGUCGAGGUGUACAUCAGGCCACACGUCCCACUUGAAAAGGUCUCUUUCAGCGGAACACCUAAUCUUGAAAGCAUUGUGCUCUUAUAUGCGGACAUAUGGCGGCUAUGUCCCGACAUCUUUGUAAAAGAUGCCCUUCCUCCUAAGGUCCGGAAGGUUGCUCUCACACUUCCAAUGCUGCACUCGCCCAACUUUGUGAUUACGCCUAAGAUGUCAGUAUCCAUCAUUACAACACUGAUCCUCAACAUGAAAUUUAGUGAUGGUGAAGAACUGAGGAAGGCUACCAACAUGUUAAGCUUGUUCCCCUGUUUGCAAGUUCUUCAGAUUUGGUGCCUCGCCUUUGAAUGGACGGAUAAACAUGCGUUUGGACAGUGGCAACCAGCAGCUGAUACAAUUAUCUGCCUAAACGAGCAUCUCAAAUAUGUGGAACUUCAUGGGUAUUAUGGAACUAUAGGGGAGGUGCAAUUUGCAAGUUUCCUUAUGGCUGGAGCAAAAGCUCUGAGGGCCAUGCAAAUAUUGCACGGUAGUAAAUUGAGGGAUGAGCGUAUCAACACCAUGAAAAGUUUAAUACUGAAAGGUGGCAAAGCUUCGUCAGAAGCUCAACUUAGCUUUGCAUGGAGGAGCGACAUACCUACUGUUCGACAGGACCUUGAUAGUUACCUGCGCCAAGUUCGUAUUAUUUGA